AUGGUGAACAAAACAAAGAUUAUAAUUGUACUGAUAACAACUAUUCAUGCUUUACUCAUCAAAGUAUACGCUCAACCCGCUUCGGAUUCAAAUCGUACAUCACUAACAAGUACAGCACAUAGCAUAACACUAACUAAUACUGAAAGUACGCUAAUUACUACAAAACUAUCAUCGAGAAAUUUCGCUUAUACAACUUUGCUGUCUGGUAGAAGACAUAGUCGACCAUUAAACGGUUCUAUUCGUCGUCGUCGUCCCACAACUCGUCGUCCUCUUAGUAUGCUACAACCAGAUUGUGACUAUGGUGGAUGUUAUCCAGAAACAGGAGAUUUAUUAAUUGGUAGAGAAAAAAAUUUAUAUUCAAAUUCCACUUGCGGAUUAAAACAACCAGAACGCUAUUGUAUUAUUGGUAAUACAAAAAAUGUCUCAUGUAACGUCUGUGAUAUUAAAGUAACGAAUAAAAGUCAUACAAUUGAAAAUAUUGUCACAAAGUAUGGGCAAGAUCCUCGGUUGACAUGGUGGCAAGCAGAAAACGAUGUAGAACAAGUUUAUAUACAACUGAAUUUAGAGGCAGAAUUUGUUUUCACCCAUUUAAUUAUGAAAUUUCGUACGUUUCGUCCAAAAGGAAUGAUUAUUGAGAAAAGUUCCGAUUAUGGUAAAACAUGGCGAACAUACGCUUAUUUUUCGUCAACAUGUCGAACAAUGUUUCCGUAUAUAUCAACAGAAUUACCAAAUAAUAUUGAUCAAGUCUAUUGCGAAAGUAGAUACUCAGAUGAAACACCAUCCACAGGAGGAGAGGUGAUAUUUCGUGUUUUAUCACCAAGUAUGUUAGGAAAACGUGAUCCAUAUUCUCAUGGUGUUCAAGAACUAAUUAAAAUAACGAAUUUACGAAUUAAUUUUACUAAACUGCAUACACUGGGCGAUAAUUUUUUGGAUACACGACAAGAAACAACGCCAAAAUAUUAUUAUGCUAUUCAUGAAAUGGUUGUUCGCGGUAGUUGUUCAUGUUAUGGACAUGCUAAGCGUUGUGUACAAACUGAUGAAGAGUUACCAUCGAAUAUAACAAUACCUGGAAAGGUUCAUGGUAAAUGUGAAUGCACUCAUAAUACAAAGGGUAUGAACUGUGAACGAUGUUUGGAUUUAUACAAUGAUCGUCCAUGGCGCCCUGCUCGUACUGGUCAAUCAAAUCCGUGUCGUCUAUGUGAAUGUCAUGGUCAUGCUAAACAAUGUCGAUUUGAUCCAACACGUUAUGCACAAACAAAUUAUACGAGUGGUGGCAUUUGUGAAGAAUGUGAACAUAAUACAAUUGGAGCAAAAUGUGAAUAUUGUAAAGAUUUAUUUUAUAAAGAUUCACAAUUACCUAUAACAGAUCCACAUGUUUGUAAACCUUGUCAUUGUGAUGUCUAUGGUACACGUAACAAAGGUAGUUGCGUUCAGCAUGAUGAUCAACAUCAUAAUUUACAUGCUGGGCAAUGCAUAUGUAAAGACAAUGUUGAAGGAACACGCUGCGAUAAAUGUAAAGCAGGGUAUUAUAAUUUGGAUUACAACAAUCCACAAGGGUGUCAAGCUUGUGAUUGUCAUUCAUUGGGUAUUGUUGAUAAACAAUGCGAUACAAUUUCGGGUUUAUGCCAAUGUAAACAAAAUGUUAUUGGUCGAAGAUGUGAUCAAUGUCAAGAAAAUUAUUAUGGUUUAAAUAAUGAUGAGGUCGAUGGUUGUAAACCAUGUGAUUGUUAUCCAGGUGGAUCGUAUAGUUCACAGUGUGAUAUUCAGACUGGCCAAUGUCCAUGUCGAGAAGGAAUGAAUGGAAGACAAUGUGAUACACCCAUAACGGGAACAUAUUGUGCUGGAUUACAAUAUUUUACAUAUGAAGCUGAGUUAGCUAAAAUUGAUGAAAAAAAAGCCGUUAUAUUUUCUUAUGAUAAUCCCAACGAAUACCGAACAUGGACUGGCACUAGCAUUGUUCGUAUAUACGAAGGUGGUACAAUUGAAUUCGAUGUUUAUCAUACCGUGAGAACGGGUUACUAUGAUCUUAUUAUUCGAUAUUUACCAGCCACCGAAACAUGGGAAGAUGCAAGAAUCUUAGUUAUCAGUCAAAAUCGUACGCAAUCAACAAAUGAUUUUUGUGGAACAAACUAUGAACAAACAGCCACAACCAAAUUACCAGCAAAAAAAUUGUUCGAAAAACUUGAGAAACCAUUGUGUUUGAAUGAAAAUGAACAUUAUAAAAUACAACUUCAACUUCGUCAAUAUGGUCAUGGAAAAAGUGAGCGUGAUCCAGUUGUUAGCAUUGACUCAAUUGUAUUAAUUCCACAUAUUGAAAAACUAGAGGAAUUUGUCAAACAGCCUCUAUUACUCAGCGAUUUUGAAGCUCAACAGUGUAAAGAACUGGCAUUAACAAUAACAAACACAGUCGAAUUACCAGAAGUUUGUCGAAAAGUAAUUUGUGGUAUUAGUGCUUUGAUGCUUGGUCGAACACUACCAUGUGAUUGUGAUACAACUGGUUCCGUAGGUAGCCUCUGUGAUCCGAUUGGUGGUCAAUGUCAAUGUAAACCCCAUGUUAUCGGUCUUAAAUGUAACAUGUGUAUGCCCGGUUCAUAUCGAUUUAGUUCAGAAGGUUGUACAAAAUGUAAUUGUCACAAUACCGGUGCAUUGAAUAAUCUUUGUGAUGUGACAACGGGCGCAUGUCAUUGUCGUCCGAAUGCACACGGACGAGAUUGUGGUGACUGUUCACCUGGCUAUUGGAAUUUUCCAAAUUGUCAGCGAUGUGAAUGUCAUGGCCAUUCAGAAUUAUGUGAUAAAAAUGGUGUAUGUAUCGAUUGUCGAGAUUCAACAGCUGGUGACCAUUGUGAGCGUUGCGCCGAUGGAUACUAUGGAGAUGCACGACUUGGCUUAGCACAAAUAUGCAGACCCUGUUACUGUCCGGGAGGUCCCGGAUCAUCGCAACAAUUUGGUGAUUCGUGUGUUCAUGAUCCGUAUACACAACAAGUUGUAUGCCGCUGUAGAGCAGGCUAUACCGGUCAAAAAUGUACCCGAUGUGCUAUUGCUUAUUAUGGAAAUCCAACUGAUCAAGGUGGUCGAUGUCAACCAUGCGAAUGUAAUAAUAACGUAAAUGUUGAUGAUCCUGAUAGUUGUGAUAGACGUACUGGCGCAUGUUUGAAAUGUUUGUACAACACUGGUGGUCGUUACUGUGAACAAUGUCGUCAAGGAUAUUAUGGUGAUCCAUUAGGUGUAGAUAAAUGUCAACCGUGUGAUUGUGGAAUUGGUGGUCUUGAUAACAAUUGUAACAGUAAAACAGGUGAUUGUGUAUGUAAAGAUAAUGUUAUCGAUAGUAAUUUGGGUGAUGGCAUUGUUCGUCGAUGCUCACAAUGUCGUGAUGGUUACUGGGGUCUGGGUAGAGGCCACUGUUCAUCAUGUAAUUGUGAUAUUGAUGGAUCAACGGGCAUGAUAUGUGAUAAAUUUACUGGUCAAUGUCUGUGUAAAUAUAAUAGAGGUGGUCUACGAUGUGAUCAAUGUCCUCCAGGCACCUACGGUGAUCCACUUAAUCCCAACAUUGAUUGUAAUCCAUGUCAAUGUUCAAAUGAUGGUUCAAUUAAUUCACAAUGUGAUGCUGUUACAGGACAAUGCUUGUGUAAAACAGGUGUAACAGGAAAAUAUUGUGAUCGAUGCGCAAGAGGUUUAUAUGGACUUGUACCCUAUUGUACAAAUUGUGGACAAUGUUUUAGCAAGUGGGAUAAUAUUAUUGGAAAUUUAACUGAUAAAGUGAAUGUAUAUGUUGAUCGUUUACAUUCGGUUGAAAUUCGUCAAAUUGAAUCGAUAACAAAUGGUAAUUUAUUUCAACAAACGGAAACAUUAUUAGAUUCUAUUCAAAAUACACUCGGAUUAAAAUAUACAGAAUAUGAACUUGAACCCUAUAAACAAAAAUAUUUUCAAUUAAAUGAACGUCUUAUUAAAUUAUCAAAAUCUUUAAAUAAUGAAUUUAUACCAAAUUUUCAAGAUCAAUCAAAACGUUUUCGUUUUGAAGAAGAUGUUACACGUAUGAGUAAUGUUAUUAAAGAAACAUAUUCUUUAAUAAGUGUCUACAAAAUACAAUAUGAUCGUUUAAAACAUGCUGAUUUACAAUCAGCUGGUGUUAGUGCAAAAAAUAUUGAAUUACAAAUGAAACAUAUUAAAGAGGAAUUAAAUCAAUUAUUAAUUAAAAUUGAACAAAAUUUACAUUAUUUACAACGAUUAAAUCAAACAUUAAAUAAUGAAAAAAUUUAUUUUCAAAAUCAAAAACUUCAAGAACAAGUGACAAAUUUAACUCAAGUUUAUCAUAAUAUAAAUGAUCAAUAUGUUAAUAAAGGUAACGUUAGUGAAGUGCUAUGUGGUAAUCAUGGAAAUAAUGAUGUCUGUGAUGUAUGUGGCGGCGAAGGAUGCGAUGAUUUAUCACGCUGUACUAAUAGUUCAUCAAUAAAAUGUUCGUCAAGUGUACACGGUAUUUUAAAUAAUUUAUUAAUUGAAAUUAAUGAUACUCAACAAAUUAUAGAAAAAAAACAAAAUGAAACAAAUUUAAUUUAUACACGAUAUUAUGAGGCUGAAAAAGAUGUUAGUUUAACAUUAACAAAAACAAUAAAUGAAUGGAAACGUUUAAUAAUGAUAAAUGAUAGUUUAAAUAUAACACAAUUACAAUUAAAUAAAUCACAUAUACAAAUACAAAUAUUAGAAGAUUUAUUAAAAAAUACUAAACCAUCAGAUAUUCAAGAAAUAAUUAAAAAUAUUUUAAAUAUGAAAAUAACAAUAACACAAUCGACAUUAGAAACUUUAACUAGUGAUAUAUUAAAAUUAGUUGAAUCAACACGAAUUAGUCAACAAACCGAUAAUGAAAAUGAAAAAAUUCGUGAUGCCACCUAUAAAUUAGAUCGUGCAAAAAAUUUAGAAAAUGAUUUAGUCACUUAUGUUAGAUCUUUUGCUACACAAAUAGUGGAUAUUAAAACAUUAGAUAGUCUUAUUGAUAAUUUAAAUAAUCAAAGUAUUCAUAUAAACGAAAUGGUGAAAGAAACAAAUCAAAAAGUGACAGAAUUAAAAAGUUCGAUUAUACAGGUAGAAUAA